UAUAAAAAGAGUCAGCCAUUUGUCAUGGUCAGCGUCACUCAUUCCCAUAAAACCACCCUUUCUUCGGUUCCUCUUUCUCUCCUUCUCCAAAUCUCUCUUUCUCUCGAUCUUCUCCUUGCACAGAUAUAUAUAGCGUCACUCCUACGGCCGCAUAGGCUGCAAAUGGAUGGUCUGCCCUCUGGUUAUCGCCCCAAUGUUGGCGUUUGUCUUAUCAACUCUGAUAAUCAGAUUUUUGUGGCUUCUAGAUUGAAUGUUCCUGGAGCAUGGCAGAUGCCACAGGGGGGUAUUGAAGACAAUGAGGAGCCUAGAUCUGCAGCCAUCAGGGAAUUACGUGAAGAAACUGGGAUAGUGUCCGCUGAAAUUAUUGCUGAGGUACCAAAUUGGUUGACUUAUGACUUUCCACCUGCUGUGAAGACCAAAGUGAAUCGCCUGUGGGGAGGUGAAUGGCAUGGGCAGGCACAGAAGUGGUUUCUUAUGAGAUUUACAAAAGAUGAGAGUGAGAUUAACUUGGCAAAUGGGGAAGCAGACCCAGAAUUUGCAGAAUGGAAAUGGGCGAGCCCUGAAGAAGUUGUUGAGCAGGCAGUGGACUACAAGAGGCCAACCUACGAGGAAGUCGUGAGAACCUUCGGGCCUUACUUCAAUGUGAACGGAGUUCCGAGUAAAUGUAAAUCAUCAAAGUGGUGAAUGAGUGUGGGUGUGCUUUUCUGGUUUUCUCCAUGUUUCUUAUAGGAAUGAAUCUGGGCUGAUUACAACUUUUUUUUUCUGUAAAUGGAUGUGGCGGUUGGAAUUUCAAAUUUGGAUUAUGGUUGCUUAAUUGUAAUAAAAAUACGUGCAAUCAUAUUUUA